UAUGUGCAAGUUGAUCCACCGACAAGUAAAGGGCUCGUAUGUCUUGUCUCUCAGCUUAUUCAAUUCCAAGAGGAUGCAUUUGGGAAACAGGUACAGAAGUCGGCUCUGACCCGACUUCCGCAGAAGUUCUUCCUCGACUUCAAACCAGGUGGCGCACUAUGUCACAUACUCGCAGCCGUCUACAAAUUCAGAACCCAGCAAGGAUGGCGGCGCUUCGACUUCACGUCGCCGGUGCGCACCGAGCGCAACGUCGAGAUGUUCGUGCACGUCGAGCGCGCGCUGGUGGCGAGCGGGCUGCUUCCCGUGAAGAAGGUGUACGUGCGGACGGACGUGGACCGCGCGCUCGUUCCCGCGCUGCGCGACGUCGUCGCGAGACACAAGGGCGUCGUCGUCGACGCGCCGGACGAAGCGACGCACAUCAUCUACCCGCCGCCGACAACGCCACCCGAAG